UAAAUUCCUCAUCUAUGCCUGUCUGCUGCUGUUCUCUGUGCUGCUGGCCCUUCGUCUAGAUGGCAUCAUUCAGUGGAGUUACUGGGCUGUCUUUGCUCCAAUAUGGCUGUGGAAGUUAAUGGUCAUUGUUGGAGCCUCGGUUGGAACUGGAGUCUGGGCACGAAAUCCCCAAUAUCGAGCAGAAGGAGAAACGUGUGUGGAGUUUAAAGCCAUGUUGAUCGCCGUGGGCAUCCACUUGCUGCUGUUGAUGUUUGAGGUGCUGGUCUGCGACAGGAUCGAGAGAGGGAGCCAUUUCUGGCUUCUGGUCUUCAUGCCGCUGUUCUUCGUUUCCCCGGUGUCUGUUGCAGCUUGUGUUUGGGGCUUUCGACAUGACAGGUCGCUGGAGUUAGAAAUCCUGUGUUCUGUCAACAUUCUCCAGUUUAUAUUCAUUGCCUUAAGACUGGACAAGAUCAUCCACUGGCCCUGGCUUGUUGUGUGUGUCCCCCUGUGGAUUCUCAUGUCCUUUCUGUGCCUGGUGGUCCUCUAUUACAUCGUGUGGUCUGUCCUGUUUCUGCGCUCCAUGGACGUGAUCGCAGAGCAGCGAAGGACACACAUAACGAUGGCGCUGAGCUGGAUGACUAUCGUCGUGCCGCUUCUUACUUUUGAGAUCCUGCUGGUCCACAAACUGGAUGGCCACAAUGCAUUCUCCUGUAUCCCGAUAUUUGUCCCCCUUUGGCUUUCCUUGAUCACUCUGAUGGCGACCACAUUUGGACAGAAAGGCGGAAACCACUGGUGGUUUGGUAUUCGUAAGGAUUUCUGUCAGUUUCUGCUUGAAAUCUUCCCAUUUUUGAGAGAAUACGGAAACAUUUCCUAUGACCUCCAUCAUGAAGAUAACGAGGAAACUGAAGAGACGCCAGUUCCAGAACCUCCUAAGAUUGCACCUAUGUUUCGAAAGAAGACCAGAGUGGUUAUCACCCAGAGCCCUGGGAAGUAUGUCCUCCCACCUCCCAAAUUAAAUAUUGAGAUGCCAGAUUAGAUACCACUUCCUGGGACAGACGGAAGUGGACCUGGACCUGCGCUGUCUUCUACCUGCCUCUGCCUCUCUGUUCACCCCACCCAGAACUGGAGCUGGAGCUGGGUCUCCGGGUACUUCCAUCUCAUGCCUUGUUUGCACUCAAUGCCUACCAGUGACUCAGCGCGGCGGGAUGCACAGGGCGCAGGUGACUGGAACACGCAGGGCGGUGUGGGGCGGGUGUCCGGGAUGCGGAUGUGGUGGAGGGAGUGUGUGUGCCGGGGAGAAAGCGAUUUCCCUGGGCAGGUACCUGAGGAGAUGGCUCGGGAGAAGGAAGGUCUACAUGGCUAGUUUGCAAAGUGUGACAAUUCCCAUCAAAAGUGUUAUUCCAAAAUGUAUUUUUAAGACAGGCCGGCCUCGCCACGUGGCUCAGAUGCUUCUGUUGUGGCGCAGUCGGUGGGAACGGUAAACCCGCCUCCCACAGCGCGUGCGUGCCCGCGCCCCCCUUCCCUCCGUGUUCCUGCCAUGGAAGUAGUCUCUCACUGGGCGUGCCGACAGCAGUUUUUAAUGAUCCCAUUGGUGAGCCCUUUCUAAUGGAGUGACUCCGUGCCUGUAUAGUAUUUAUACAAAUAUUUUAGCAUUGUAAUAUACCGUGGUAAAUCCUAGUUCUGUACAGUAUAUUCUGUUAAAGUAUUUUUUUACAAGCUUGUACUGGAGACAUACACGUUCUGUUGCAGAAGUAGAAGCCAGUGACACCCCUGUUCCGCCCAUUGGGGUGCCACCCCUUAAUGGGACAUUGCCAUCUCCCCUUCAGUUUCUCCACAUACAUAGUAGCAGUGACUGCUGGAACCGCCACAAUAAGCAAGAAAUGAUUUGUGCUUUUCUAACAUUCUGCGAAUAUUCGCUGCAGAAAACUAAAGCACGGCUGGAAGCUGGCACGCUGCAGAAAGUGGCCGAGACUGGGAGCAGCUAGCCGAGGGUGUACAGUGGGAUCUGGGGCUUAUGUCUGCCCCUAGCAAGGAUGCUUCCAUACUUUCAACUAGAGGUACCAUCGCUCCAAGAGCUGGUGGUACACCCGUGAGCCAGAGGGGAAGAAGGCAGAGCCUGGAGAAUCAGGGCUUUCUGCCGGGGAACAAGUAGGCCGUUUUGUAAAGAGGGUAAAGGGGGCACUGACACUGUCAUCCAGGAGCAGAGUGGAGGGUGGAAGUGGGCGGCUGCUACCUUGUCUACACUGGGCUCCGCGGCUCUACACCGCGAGCACGGCUGGGGCCCGCCGUGGCACGCCCGUUCUGGCUGGAGGGGACAUUGGGAAUGGUGUAGCCUUUCCUGCUUGGUGUGUAACAAAUGUACUCAACCCACUCUUUUCGCUCCCUUUAGCUGCUCAAUAAACUGCUUCCUCAUUUUC